GAACCGCCCUGUGACAGGCACCGAAUGCAUCGAAUAGCUGAGAAGUGUAGAAAGUCCGUAUUGCACUAUCAUAGCCUCGUUCGAAUUCUUUUUCUCUUUUACAAUGUAGGAGUACUAUCUAUAUAAAAUAUAAAUCCCGUCAUGAGUUUCAAUCUAACUACCUACCUAUUGUCCGUAUUAUAACUUAGGUAUUCAUACUUGAAGCUUAAGAGCAGUAACCAGUAAUUCUUAUCCCACAUGAUGGCGUCCAGUAAUGAUACAACCCCUCCCGACAGCCCUGGGUCUGUCUUUUAUGACUUUGACUUGGAGGAAGUCUUCAAGUUGGCCGAGAAACACGUGAGAGAUGAGGAAAGUAAGAAUUUCGUUGUCGAGUACGGGUUUGAAAGAGCGCGGAUUGCGUUCGACUUCGAUCUAGACGACGCCAAGAAGCUUCUCCUUGACCAAGAUCCCGACGAGAAAAAAGACUACCCUAUCCGGUGGAUCAAUAUAUGGGAUCCCAGCGCGCAGGCAGAUAUCAUGACAGCUAUUAGCAAAAGAUAUGAAUUCUCGCGCAGGCUACUCGGCCUGAUGAUGACUUCAAGGACGCAGAGGGAGGAGAUACGACAACAUAGGCACAGAAGGAGAGUCACGAUUCCUCAUCUACGAACAGCCAGAGAUUUAGAGAAAGGUGAAUGUAUACACGGCGACUUUCCCAUAAAUCCUCUCGCUUCCGCAGAGCUUAACGACAACAUUGCUCUAUAUUUACAAGUAAAGGACACGGUCAACUACUUCUCUACAGACCAAACUCCAAAGGCUUUCUGCAUCGGCGCAAAUUGGUUGCAUAAACGACCAACCUCAGAACGUACACACCCCCGUAUCAACAUAAUGCCUCCCAAGCACUGGCAAUGGCUCGUACUCUGUAACAAUCACACUGUUCUGUCGAUUCAUGAGAAGCACUCAUUUGAGCCAGUGCCGGAUAAGGAGGACAAGGAAAACUGGCGUAGCGCCGAGUUCCAGUCCAUGAGAGCCCAUACCUUAGAUGUUCUUCUACAGCUUUCCAAAUGUGGGUAUGAGAUGUAUAAGGACAAGCCACUCGCCCAGAUCUCAGCUCGGAGCUCACUCGAGACGCCUAAGCCAGAAGUAAACAGACAACAAUCGGGGAUGUCCUUUUUCAGCAAUAGCGACAUAGGAAGUUUAGCCGACGAAGGGACAAGUAACCUCUUCUACUACUUAUUUGAAGACUAUGUUGCAGCGGGUCCUCUCAAGGCCGCAGAACAGGAGUUAGAAGAUCUGACCGAAAAAGUGCUAGAGAGUACGCAUCGGAAAAAGGUGUCCAAGAGCUACGAAAUCAUACCUUCGUUGCACUAUUUAAGCAAGGAUCUUCGAGAGUUUAAGCACCUGUUCGAAAACUAUAAAAACCUAAUCAACAAGAUUAUGGUGGUGGGGAAACCUGACUUGCAUCAUAAUGGCCCUUUAUCUUUCGAUGGGGAACGCAGAGUAUCCCUGACGAACUCGGCGCUCAGCCGAUUUGAGAGGUUGAGCGACCGGCUUCAGUAUCUUAUGCUGAACACCAUCGAAGGAUAUCUCGAAGAGAUAGGGGCUUUGUCAACGACGUACUUCAACUUAACGCAGCAAAAGGACUCGCAGGCAACGGCAAGGCUCACAAGAAGCGCAACGUUGCUGGCUAAACUCAGCGUUUUCUUCCUACCGAUUAGUUUUAUGACGAGCUACUUCUCGGUGCAGAUCGAGGACCUCUAUGUGUACUGGACUGGCAAGAUGUACUGGACGGCGUUUGCAGUGAUAGCGAGCGUGUCUUUUGUAAGUCUGUUUUUCUUCAGCAGGCUACUCAUGUUCGCGAGCGAUGAAUUGGAUGCUUGGGCGGCUACUACGGCGGAAUGGGCGAAUAAGUUCCUUCAGACUAUACGGACUUGGUUGAGACUUAGACCUAAGGAUGGGCAUCACGAUGGUUAAGGAUAUUAUAUAUAGACACGGGGCUUUGCUUUGAAUUGGGAUGUACUAACGGUUAACGGCACGGGUAUGAUGGACAAAAUUGUAUGGCAGGAUGUCGUACUUGGUUACUUAUAUGAUGUAAUGAGCUCUUAGACCGAGAGGGGAAAUUAAGCUCGUGACUUUUUUUUCGAGUGGGAUGAAAAUACACAUGUAUGCACUACCUACUACCUCGCAGUAUGCUGCUACGUGGUAGGGAGGUUGCGACCUAUUCCCAAGAUUUAGGCGUUCUAGGGCUGCAGCUACCCCUGCGUCCCCUAGUUUUAGUUCGAUAGUUGGUCCCUGACCACCACUAAGGUGCUGUAGGUACCUCCUGCAAGGUGUCCAACUGUCGAUCAACUUCCUUUGC